AACCCUUCAUAUAUCUUCAUUGUUCAUAUACCGCUGUGACUGUUCAAAGUAGCCAAACCUCAAAAUUGGCAAACAUGGAGCUAACUUCAAUGGCGGAUGCCAAUGAUUGCGCCGAACCCGCAUUACCCACCAAGCGCAUCCCAGAUCUGACCACCGAAGAAUCCCCCAAUGAACCCAAGAAGCCAAAACUUGACAACCCUGACAACAAUGGUAAACAAACUCCCCAACCUCUCAUAGAAAAACACCAAGCAGAAUUGGAUGAAAAAUUGGAAAAACCAGAUCAAAAUAAACCAACAUUUGAAGAAGAACAAGAACCAAAACUUCCCUCUAAUGGGAAACCAGAAAUUGACAGAAAAGGUAAGGGUAUUCUAAUUGAAGAAGACGAUGAAGAUGACGACGAUGAUGAUUCGGAUUCAGAUUCGGAUUCAGAUGAUUCAAUCGCUGCGGAAUUAUCAGACGAAAGCGAUUUCGCCGAUGACCCACUGGCUGAAGUUGAUUUAGAUAACAUCCUUCCCUCGAGAACUCGCCGGAAAAUUAUUAACCCUGGAGCUUACCUUGCUACUGAUCUCCCUGAAGAGGAUUCCGAUGAGAGUGAUGACCCUGAUGCUUAGAAUUUUUUUCCCCCUCUAAGGUUAGUAGUGAAUUUCUAGUGGGUUUUCAGUCAUCAAUCCGAGCCUCCUAGUUUUUUUUUUUUUUUUUUUUUUUUCUUUUUUUCUUUUUUUUUUUGAGUUAUUGAGGAAAGUAUAUUAGUUGGUAGUUCUUGAUGAGUGGAUGAUUUAUUUUGUUAGGUAUAAUCUAGAAUAUAUGUUGUCAAAAUAACACAAUUUUUAGUUUUCUAAUUAAUUAUUAAUGGAUUUUCAGCUAUUAUUAUG